AUUAACCAAAACGUCAUGGCAAUGAUCCUUUCAUGCCAAAAGAGAGUACAUGCUAGAAGGUUCAAGUCUUUAUUUUCAAAAAAAGAAGAAGAAGAAGAAGAAGGUUCAAGUCUAAGAUACCAAACCAUUCUCUUCUGAUAUGUUACAUUGUACCGGUGCAUCUCAAUUUUUGGAAACUGCGCUGAGACUAAAUUUUUGAGCAACAAAUGCACAACAAAGCUGUUCCCUAAACAGAGAGGAAACCAUCUCACGUCUUUAAUCAUGAUAACACACAACUGAUAUAAGAGAUCUCAACAAACUAGCGUGCCUUCCAUUUUUGAAGUAGGUGAUCAUGGAUCUCACCCUUCUUAAUCUUCUGCAGGCACUGCUUCAGCUUCGACAGCGUUGAUGAGCUCAACUUGAUACCCCGAUCAAUCAUGUCUUCAGCAUACUUGCAUGCCUCGGGCAGCCUGUCAUCCCUCAGCUUUGAUACAAGCAUGUUCCCACUCUCUUCCAAUGGUGGCAGGCCAUUCUCCACCAUGCAGUUCCAGACCUUGAUCCCCAUCUCCCAAUCAUGUGUAUCCAAGAACAUGCGAAGUGCAAGCGAGCAAUUCUCCUCAUUUGGCCAAAGCUCAUUCUUGACCAUCUCGCUAAAGAUCGCUGCUGCCUCCCGGAGCUUCCUCGCCUUGAGCAAAAAUUUGAGGACCAAAUUAUAUGUUCCGGCAUCAGGGAACACUCCAUUGAAGACCAUGUCAUCGAGAUACUCCACUAUCACCUCAGCAUGCCCAAGACUGCCCUGCAGCAUGAUCAUUGUGUUGUACAUUUCCAUGUCCGGGACGAGCCCCCGAUGUCCAACAAACUCAUUCCAAAGCUCCAUUGCACCAUGCAAUUUGCGUGCCUCAAGGUGUGCAGCAAGAGCAGCACGGAAGAACUUCUCUCCUGGCGAGCAACUAUGCUUACUUAAGACUCGCAGAUACUCGAUCGCUUCCGGUAUCGCCGUGGAGGAGUCACUUGAAACAAGUGUAGUGAGGAAGGAAUCAUAGGCAGGCACGUUGUCAGGAUCAAAGCCGACGGCGCGCAACAUUUCAUCGAACACCACGCGCGCAACCCGCGGAUCCCCUGCAGCCUCGCAGCCCUCGAGGAGGAUGGCGUAGGAGUCGGCGUCAGGCCGCGUGCCGGCCUCGGCGCGAGCCACGACGAUCGCAGCGCGGGCGUCGCCGACGCGGUUGGCGCGGCAAAGGGCGGAGAGGAGCGAAUUGAGCGCCGGCGUGUCGCGGGUCAUUCCGUAGCGCGACAUGUCCAUGAACGCCUUGAGCGGGUUGCCACUGGGGCUCGCCGCCAGGGAGGAGAACACGGAGGCGAAGGUGGCCAGCGAGAGCAGGCGCUGGGAGUGCAUGGACCUGACGGUUUCCCACAUGGGCUCGAAGAGGCGGUUUUUGCCGAGGAUGUCGACGACGAGGUUCCACGAGUAGGGGGAGUGCUCGUGGCCGAGGUGCCGGUGUCCCGCCCAGCGGAAGAAGGCGACGGCGGCGCGCGGGUGCGCGUAGGAGAAGCGAAGCACCUGCUCGACGUCGUCGGUGGUGACGCUGAUGCCUUCGUGGUCGAGCGCGGCGUCCACGUCGGGGGCGGAUUCCCCUUUGGUCAGGGCCUCGCAGAGGAUGCGGAUCUUGGGCCGCAAGUCGGGGGCGUCCGUGUACGUGGGGAACGCCGGUGCGGACGGGUCGCGGGCGCGCUUCGCCGCCGGCGAUGCCGCCGCGUCGCCCGGCCGCUUCGCUCGGUGGUCGGACAUCGCGGCAGGGACUCGGUGGUGGAUGGAUCGGGGGGAUUUUUUUUUUCUUGCUGUGUUUAUGUCCUAAGCCCUAUCCGCCUAAGGCUAAUCUUUAUAAACAGCUGCAGCGGAAGAGGUCAAGGCCAAGCUCUGCAACCUCCGAAAUCCCAACCAGGCCGCUGAGGCCAGCCGCGGAGACGGCGGAUGGCGCCAUCGUUGGUCGUCUCGGCGAGGCAUACCCACGCCGCGACCCACCGGAGAGGCCGCAGGCGGCGUAUGGUGGUGGCCAGUUCCGGCGGCGCCCCGCCACCGAAGCUGGUGACUUUCCUCGGUAAGGGCGGCUCCGGCAAGACCACCGCGGCCGCGGUCGCUGCUCAGUAUUAUGCAAGCGAAGGCUUCAAGACAUGCCUGGUUACACAGUCCCAGGAUCCUACCGCAGAGCAAUUGAUGGGCUGUAAGAUUGGGAACUCACUGACUGAGUGCGCGGUCAAUCUCUCAACCAUAAAGCUAGAGACUAGUAAGAUGCUGCUUGAACCCCUUGACCGGUUGAAGAAGGUAGAUGCCCAGGUCAAUUUUACUCAAGGAGUCCUUGAAGGGAUUGUAGGAGAGGAGCUUGGAGUUUUACCUGGAAUGGAUUCGAUCUGUUCAGUCUUAGCUCUUCAGAAGCUCCUUAACUUCUUUUCAGCUGGAAGGAGUGGCUCACAACCAGAAUUUGAUGUGGUAGUAUAUGAUUGCAACAAUACAGAGGAAAUUCUACGGCUUAUAGGUGCUACUGACAGAGCAAGGUCUUACUUGAGGUAUGUGAGGGACCUAGCUGAGAAGACUGACAUUGGAAGGCUGGCUUCUCCUUCAUUACUAAAACUAAUAUAUGAUGCUGCAAGGCCAAAUGGUAAAACUAGUGAGGGGAGACUGAGUACAGAAAUAUGGAAUGAAAUCGAACAACUUCUUGAGAGAGUCUCGGUUUGGUUUGCCAAUCCUUCAAACCUUGCGUGCUUCCUUAUCAUGGAUCCUAGGAGAUCAAUAUCUGUAUCCUCUGCAUUAAGAUAUUGGGGUUGUACCACUCAAGCUGGCGGUCAAAUAUGUGGGGCGUUUGGUUAUACUGAAGACCCUUCUGAAAUGCACCAAGAAGUUGCACAAAAGUUCAUGCCGUUGUCUUUCUCGCUUCUUCCAUUUCUCUCAAAUGAUUCUUCUGCAGAUUGGAGCAGAGCACUAAGCUUAUUGAGCCAAAACACAAAGGAACAAUUGAGGAAUACAUCUAUUCAUGUGUAUCCUUCAGUUAGUUUUGAUUCUGUUCAGAAAUCGGUAACCCUUUUCAUGCCAGGCUUUGAUAAGUCUGAAAUCAAGCUAUAUCAAUAUAGAGGCGGAUCCGAGCUGUUGAUCGAAGCCGGAGACCAGAGGCGUGUCAUAAAAUUGCCACCAGCGAUGCAGGGGAAGGUCGGAGGUGCCAAGUUUGUUGACAGGAACCUGAUUGUCAGCAUCUGGUAGAAGGGUCACCGGCACUGGCUGGGAUUUGUGUCCCCCACUUCAGAUCGGCAGUUACUGUGAGAAGUAGAUCAGAUACGCGUGUCGGUUGUAGUCUGAAUUUCGUGGUGUUCCAUCGUUGUAGGCAAAGUUUUUUUAAAAAAAGACCUCAUAAGCAAAGUGAAACUGCACUGUUCUACUCUUUCUGAAAAUGAGGCACGCGAUACUCGAAUAA